AUGCAAGUCACCGGCACUAUGAAUCUGUUGCUGAAGAUUGGCCUCCGAUUACUCGGUACAUGGCCGAAUGUGCGGUACGCCUCAGUUUAUCGGCCAAUUUACAUGCUGAGCAUACUGAUUCUGCAAUACUGUCAAUAUCUGUACAUAUACUCGCAUUUUAAACUGAGCGAGCUGCCAAAUCUCGUGGACAGCCUGCCCGCGGCGUUAGACUACGCUCUAGCAGUUUUCAAAUUAACGGCACUUUGGACGCAUCGCCAGUAA